UCACUCAGUCCUACCAGCCAAUCAGGACUUCCAGAUGGACCGCCAGUCAGAAAGGGAGGCAGGCUCUUCCGGGUGACUUGCUUCCUGCUUGGUUGGAAAGCUGAGUAGUUUAUGGCUUUCUGUGGUACUACCGAGAGCUGUGGUGCAUUCACGUUGAGCUGGUGAAAUGGAUGCUGUGAACUAUGAUGAUGUUCAAAUAAAUUUCACUGGGGAAGAAUGGGCCUUGCUGGAUCUUUCUGAGAAGAGGCUGUACAAAGAUGUGAUGCUGGAGACCUACAGGAACCUCACUGCUAUAGGAUACAAAUGGGGAGACUGCAAUAUGGAAGAACAUUGUCAAAGUUCUAGAAUAUAUGAAAGGCAUGAAAGAGAUCAUCUUCAAGAUAAGAAUUAUGUAUAUACUCAGUGUGAUAAAGCCUUUACACAUCAAAAUUAUCAAAGACAUGGAAGAAUUGAUAUGGGAGAGAAACCAUGUGAAUAUAAUCACUGUGGUAAAGCCAUUGCAUAUAAAAAUUAUCUGCUAACAUGUAAAAGAACACACACUGGAAAGAAACCCUAUGCAUGUAAUGAAUGUGGCAAAGCCUUUGCACAGCAAUGUCAUCUCCAAGUACAUAAAAGAACACAUACUGGAGGGAAACACUAUGAAUGUAAUGGAUGUGGUAAAGCCUUUGCAUGUCAGCAAUAUCUCCGAUUACAUAAAAGGACACAUACAGGAGAGAAACUUUAUGAGUGUAAUGAAUGUGGUAAAUCCUUUUCAAGUCAGCAAUAUCUCCUAAUACAUAAAGAAACACAUGCUAGAGAGGAAACCUAUAAAUGUAAAUGUGGUAAAGCCUGUGCAAGUCAUCAAAGUCUCCAGAUACAUAAAAGAACACAUACUGGAGAGAAACCCUAUGAAUGUAAUCAAUGUGGUAAAACCUUUGCCCAAAAGUAUCAUCUCCAAGUACAUAAAAGAAUACAUACGAGAGAGAAACCCUAUCAAUGUAAUGAAUGUGAUAAAGCCUUUGCAUCUCAGCAAUAUUUUCAAAUACAUAAAAGAAUCCAUACUGGAGAGAAAUGUUAUGAAUGUAAUGAAUGUGAUAAAGCCUUUGUAAGUCAUCAAAUACUUCAAAUACAUAAAAGAACACAUACUGGAGAGAAACCCUAUGAAUGUACUGAAUGUGGUAAAGCCUUUGCCCAAAAGUGUCAUCUCCAAGUACAUAAAAGAACACAUACUGGAGAGAAACCCUAUCAAUGUAAUGAAUGUGAUAAAGCCUUUGCAUCUCAGCAAUAUUUUCAAAUACAUAAAAGAAUCCAUACUGGAGAGAAAUGUUAUGAAUGUAAUGAAUGUGGUAAAGCCUUUGUAAGUCAUCAAGUACUUCAAAUACAUAAAAGAACACAUACUGGAGAGAAACCCUAUGAAUGUAAUCAAUGUGGUAAAGCCUUUGCCCAAAAUCAUCAUCUCCAAGUACAUAAAAGAACACAUACGAGAGAGAAACCCUAUCAAUGUAAUGAAUGUGAUAAAGCCUUUGCAUCUCAGCAAUAUUUUCAAAUACAUAAAAGAAUCCAUACUGGAGAGAAAUGUUAUGAAUGUAAUGAAUGUGAUAAAGCCUUUGUAAGUCAUCAAAUACUUCAAAUACAUAAAAGAACACAUACUGGAGAGAAACCCUAUGAAUGUACUGAAUGUGGUAAAGCCUUUGCCCAAAAGGGUCAUCUCCAAGUACAUAAAAGAACACAUACUGGAGAGAAACCCUAUAACUGUAGUGAAUGUGGUAAAACCUUUGCCCGAAAGUAUCAUCUCCAAGUACAUAAAAGAACACAUACUAGAGAGAAACCCUGUGAAUGUAAUGAAUGUGAUGAAGCCUUUUCAAGUCAGUAAUAUCUGCAAACACAUAAAGGAACACACACUAAAGAGAAAAUCUAUGAAUGUAAGGAAUGUGGUAAAGCCUUUGCAAAUCAUCAAACUCUUCAAAUAUAUAAAGGAACACAUACUAGAGCGAAACCCUUUAAAUAUAAAGCCUUUGCAAGUCAUCAGACUCUCAAAGGAAAUAUAGGAACAGAUACUAAAGAGAAACCCUAUGAAUUUAAUGAAUGUGGUAAAUCCUUUGCAGAACAGUUUCAUCUCCAAGUACAUAAAAACACAUUCUGAAGAGAAACCCUAUGAAUGUAAUGGCUGGGGUAAAGUCUUUGCAUACCAAACACAUCUUGAAAACAUGAAAGAACAGAUAUUGGAGAUAGGUAGGAUAGUUUGCAAGAACCUCUUUCUGAGUUUUAUGUUGGGUCCACAUAUUGAGUUUUAGAACAUCCUAGACUAUGUAGAGAUAUUUGUGCUAAGAAAACAAAGCAGUGAAACAAAAAACAUAUAUACACUAAAACAAGAAGCAUAUAUGAGAUUCAGCCCAUCAAGAAAAUUGUGUUAACAAUGAAAUAUGAAAGUAUAUAGAAAGUUCAUUUACCCGUUUAUAAUUCCAUAGAACCAUUUGGUGACCCCAUGAUCAUAGCAGGGAUUCUUACCACUUUUAAAAGACAGAAGGGAUAAUGGAGCAUAAUCAUCUCAUAUGUGACCUGGACUGUUUUCUCAGUUACACUACUUUUGAUGGAUAUGCAAGUUUAUUUCCUCACAUCUACAUCAAAUGUUUCAGGUCUUCCAUGAUUCCAGAUCCAAGAAAUUUGGUGCAUGCUUCUGGCUUCCUUAGGCUCCUGUGUAGGGAAUGUCAGGGGGCAGGAAAGGGAGAUGGUUGGGGAGGGAAACACACUUAUAGAAGAAGGGGAGGGAGAUAGGACAUGGGCUUAUAUCUGGGAAUCUGCGAAAGGAAAUAUCAUUUGAAAUGUAAAUAAAAAAUGUACAAUGGAAGAAGGAAAAUGUCAAUAGAAUAAAGCAUCUUACAUAAAAAAGACAUAUAUGUGACUCCUUAUUUUGAAAAAUGUUUUCUCACAUAUACUUUUUUAAAUUAAAAUUAAUUUAAUUUAGUUAUA